AUGGAGCCCAACAACAACGACAGCGUCUUGGAGAACGUUUCUGCCAGUGAGGCUCUCGUCAGUGCCAACAAGAAGGUUCUUGAAGGUGACGAGGGCGUCGAGUCAGACGAGCUGCUGGUACCUAGCAACGAUUUCGAGACCGCAGGUUCCAAAGGCAAAGAUGCCGUUGGCCUGAAUUGCAAGCUCGGUAAUGUUCAGACACUUGACAGGAUUGUUGAGCUGGCUACUGAUAAGUCGAUGCUCACGUCAACAGAGGAGCCGGUCUUGAAGAAUUCGAUCGUUGCUGAUAUAGCUCCACUUGCUACGUCCGAAUUUCCGAUCGAACCAUCAACGGCCGGGUGUGAAGAGCGACAUGAUAAUGCGACAGUCAACGCGCAGCAAGGCCUUCAAGACAAGUCACUACCUCCACAAACCGGUGCUAUCUCCCCAAGCAUCGUCCCAGAGAAGUCGGCUAAGACGCCAGCAUUGCCCUCUUCAAGUGGCAGUGUACCCCCUCAUCUUCGGCCCGCUUAUCAAAAGCCUAUGCAGCAAAUGCAUGGUCUACAAAGCUCUAAGCACUCAAGCUCCACACCAGUCUCGCCGCACAAUCAGCGCAUCCAGGACUUUGAGUUACGUCCCCGCCAACCUCGGCAGCUCCAAAUUCAGCAAUCGUUUCCUCGCUAUGAUGCCGGUGAUAGUGAGCAGGUCGCUCGUCUACAUGCACAAGUCAUGUCAUUAAAGAAUGUACUUGACGCAGAACGUAGAAGCAGCGCGAACAUGCGCAAGAGCAUCGAGUUGGAGCAGCGGCGCAAGAGCGAUGCUGCCAUGUCGAGCCUCCUGACCAACCUUAUUCACGCCCAGGAAGAAGCUCUGGCGAGCAAUGCGAGGGCUGAAGCUCAGGAGCGUGACCUGGAGCAUCGGCGCAAACAGAUCUCACAGAUGGAGGUGUACUUGGCUGAAGGACAAAGGCAGAUGCACGAAAAUCUUGGGAAUUUUCAUCGAGAAUCUUCUCGAUCUAUGAAUGUCGUGGACCGCGAGUUGAUCAAGCGCGAGGAGGAGCUGGCUGCUAAUAGACGAUUAGCCAACGCCCAUGGCAAGCUCAAGAUGCGUUCUGAUCGGGUCCGCCAGCGUGAAAUCGUCCAAGAGAUUCGCGAGCAGCAGUACAAGAUAGCCACCCGCGCAGCCCUGGAGGCCGAAUUCUACGAAGCUACGCAGGCAGUUGCGAAUGCCAGCGACAUUACCGAACGCGAGUACAAUCGCGGUUUUGUUGCCGGCAAGGUGGCUGGUCAAGAGGCCGCGAAGAUUGCUGCGCCCAUCGUUGAGCAGAGGGAUGGCUCGAUCGAGGGCUAUGCCGCCUACCACCGACAACAGAUAGCUCUGGACAACGCUCUUCACGGCCGCAUUCCGCUGAACGAUCCGGAGCUGGCUUUCUUGUUCGAUACCGGGCACCCUGGAAAUCUGGUUGCUCGUGGCGUGCAAAUGGGUCAGAUGGGCGCGAUGACGGCGACGGUCAUUAGACAGAGCGGUACAGCACAUGGCGAAGCCACCACCAGUGUCAUCAAUAGCGGAGCAGAGACCAAGCCCAAUGGUAAUGGUAUCGGCGUAUCUAAUGGUGCCAACGGAUCCUACAGGAUCAUAUCCCAGCCUGUCCCUACCAUCGCCGCCGCCGUCAACAAAGCAACGCCCCCCGCGAACCUCAUUCCCAUUUCAAACGUUCAUAACGACAAUCAUAACGCCACCCCUCCCACCCAUCCAGUACCUACCCCUCCUUCUCCCCUCCCUGCCUCCCUAAACCGUGAGCGUCCUCGAAAGAUCCCUGCCGCUCGCCCCACCCUCGCAGCUGAACUCCGCGGUGAAACACCCAUGCACAACGGCUCCUACAUUCUCGCGAAUCGCGCUGCAGCAGCGGCCAUGGAGUCCCGGCGUGAGGAUCCGCCUGCGGGUAAGACAGGGCAGUUUGCAGAUGUCGGGCCGGACCUGCUGGAGUUUUACUAG